CGCUCAUUUGCAUACAGAGGGCAACUUGGUUCAUUCAAAGCAACACAGAAAGGAACUCUAUGUUUUAUUCUAUAUAUUCGUUCUUGAUAAAGGAUGUUAAAUUUUAAAUAUUUUGUGCGAUAUGGCUAGCGAAGGGCCCAGGAGACAUGGGCACAUCAAACUACGUCUGACAGUGCUUUGUGCCAAGAAUAUUGCCAAGAAAGAUUUCUUUCGGCUGCCUGACCCUUUCGCCAAGAUCACAGUUGAUGGCUCUGGACAGUGCCACUCCACAGACGUAUGUAAGAACACGCUUGACCCCAAAUGGAACCAGCACUACGAUCUGUACGUGGGCCACAAAGACUCCAUCACAAUCAGCGUGUGGAACCACAAGAAGAUCCACAAGAAACAGGGCGCAGGUUUCCUUGGCUGUGUCAAGAUCAUGUCCAACGCCAUCCAGCAGCUAAAGGACACAGGAUUUCAAAGACUUGACCUUCAGCGCCAGAACUCUGAGGACAAUGAUGCCGUUCGCGGGCAGAUUGUGAUCAGCCUCAUCUCCAGGGACAGGGGAAACGCAGGCCCCGGGCAGCAAGUGCCUGACUCCUCCAGCAGCUCACCUUCAAUACCUUAUGACCCGAACGAGUUGCCUGAAGGGUGGGAGGAGAGAAGAGGUACCAAUGGGCGUGUCCAUUAUGUCAAUCAUGUCACAAGGUCUACCCAGUGGGAUCGUCCAACAAAACCUGCUACCGAAACUUCCAGACCUGUCAGCAUGGUGGGUACUCCACGCACUGGUGGAGGGGACUCUAUGUCAUCACCAGCAUCCAGUGCCAGCCUGUCUAGUAGCCGGGCUGGUGGUCAUAUGUCCUCUCACAGCAGCAGUACCAGCCUGACCAACAGAGACAACAGGGACAACCUCUCUGUCAGCAGUGGCAUUAGCGGAGGUGGUGGUGGUGGUGGUGGUGGUGGUGGUGGUGGUGGUAGCUCAAACAUGGGUGGAGGCGGAGGUGGAGGCAGCAACAGUAUCUCUGGAGACAGUUCCACCACUAGCAGCAGCAACAAUAACAACAACACAACUUCCGUCCAUCACUUUGUGCGGCGACGGUCUACUCGGCACAGGAAUUAUAUGAGCCGGGCCCAACUUCAUGAUGCUGUGGAAUUACCAGAUGGUUAUGUAGAGCAAAGAACCACGCAGCAAGGUCAAGUCUAUUUCUUGCACACCAGGACAGGUGUGAGCACAUGGCAUGAUCCUCGGGUCCCAAGGCAAGUGGAGCUGAGAGAAGAAGAUCUGGGCCCACUGCCCGAGGGCUGGGAGAUAAGGAGGACCAGCAGCGGUAGAGUGUACUAUGUGGACCACAAUAACAGGACCACCCAGUUCACUGACCCAAGGUUGUCACAGAAUUUACACCUUUUGCAGGAGAAAAUGAAACCUCCAGUGGUGGAUAAAGAAAAUGAGCAGCCCAAUCUUCCUAAGUACAAACGUGAUUUGGUCCAGAAACUCAAAGUUUUAAAACAGGAAUUGACUGCACUUCAGCCCCAAACUGGCCACUGUCGACUAGAGGUCAGCAGGGAGGAAGUUUUUGAGGACUCCUAUCGACAUGUCAUGAAGAUGCGCUCCAAAGAUUUAAGAAAAAGAUUAAUGGUGAAAUUCAAAGGGGAAGAAGGUUUGGAUUAUGGAGGUGUAGCCAGAGAAUGGUUCUACCUGCUGUCUCAUGAAAUGUUGAAUCCAUACUAUGGACUGUUUCAGUAUUCAAGGGAUGACAUCUACACUCUACAGAUAAACCCAGACUCUGGGGUCAACCCUGAACACUUGUCCUAUUUUCAUUUCGUUGGACGAGUGAUUGGCAUGGCCAUUUUCCACAGUCAUUACUUGGAUGGAGGAUUUACCAUGCCAUUUUACAAGCAGCUUUUGGGAAAACCAGUGACGUUGGAUGAUCUUGAGAGUGUUGACCCUUACUUACACCGUAGCUUGUGCUGGAUGCUAGAGAACAACAUUGAGAAUGUAUUGGAUCAUACUUUCUCUGUGGAGCACAAUGCCUUUGGUUGUAUGACAGAGCAUGAGCUGAAACCUGGAGGCAAGGAGAUCAAAGUGACAGAAGACAACAAGAAAGAAUAUGUCAAACUCUAUGUCCAAUGGAGAUUUAUGCGUGGAAUAGAAGCUCAGUUUUUGUCUUUACAGAAAGGAUUCAAUGAAAUCAUUCCUCAGCAUUUACUGCGGUCCUUUGAUGAAAGAGAAUUAGAACUAAUGAUUGGUGGUCUGGGUAAGAUAGACCUAGACGACUGGAAGAAACACACUCGGCUCAAGCACUGUACCGCAGAGACUAACAUUGUACGCUGGUUCUGGAGGGCGGUGGACAACUUUGAUGAUGAGAUGAGGGCCAGGCUUUUACAGUUUGUCACAGGCAGUUCCAGGGUUCCACUCCAGGGAUUUAAAGCUUUACAAGGUUCUACUGGUGCGGCUGGUCCGCGGUUGUUCACCAUUCACCAAGUGGACAUUUGUACAGAUAACUUACCUAAGGCUCACACAUGUUUCAAUCGUCUUGAUAUUCCGCCCUAUGAAAACUUUGAGAAGUUUCUCUCCAAAUUGACUUGUGCCGUGGAGGAGACUUGUGGUUUUGCUGUGGAGUAAAAGUGUUCCUCACAACAAGGAGGGAAAUGGCAGAAGUUGUGGCCAUGACUCAAGCUUAGAGAUUUUCGGAUUAGUAUUUGCUGUGAACUCAACUCCAGAUGGACAAAGUAAGGCACGUGCAUGUGGAAACAAGCAGAAGUUUAAAAUUCUGUGCAGCGUCUGUGAGCUAAACAUUACUGGAUUGUCAUCUAGCUGGAUACACACAUUGCUCACACAAGGCCUGUGCUGCUUGGAAUGAAUGCUCACUCUUUUUGCUUCUUUUGAAUAUUUCACUCAAGUGCAAUUUUGUUCUUUCCUUGUUCUCCCCCCGCCCCCCCCCCCUCUCCAGCCACAUACCCACCGCCUGACAAAUUGUUUUAGUGUGGUGUGUAGGUCAGAGGUGUGAUGGUUCACUUCUUGAAGUUUUUAAGUUAUUGAAUUCUUAGAUUUCCCCCCCUUGAAUGAUCACGUUGCAGUGACUUGUUAACCCCCCUCCAGACAUUCUCUGACCUCACCAAGAGUUGUCUACUCUUCUGUGUUGGUGACACAAACAUGUUUUCCCAUUCUUGCCGCAGCUAAUAGCUUGAAAAGCCUGAAGUGGACAAGGAGAAUGGGCUAGUUAAGACUCAGCAAGCUGAAAGAUAAUAUUUCCAUUUUCCAAGCAUCUCAUCCCUUCAUCUCGUCAGAGGUUUUAGAUUUCAGAUUUCCUUGGCAGCCUUCAGAUACAACAUAAACUUGUUCUAGCAUCAGAACUGAUUGGUUUCUUUUUAAUUCAGUGUAGAUAUAAAAUGUUUUAAUUUGGAUUUCCUGUAUGCAUCACAUUUUUAAAAAUCUAUUAUUACAGAGAGAAGAAAUAUUUUGUUUAGAAAUGGAAACAUCAUGUUCAUAAUAUUAUUUGAUGUGGGGAUACAAGUUCUAUGAGGUAUCAAGUUGAUGUUUCAGUUACCAUGAUGUCUAUUUGUUUAUUUAUGAAUUUAUUUUGUUGAUGAAAUAGUCACUGUCUACUGUGCCAUGUGUGUGUGUGUACAAGACACACAAUCUACUAUCUUACAUAUAUGUACGACACACAAUCUACUGUACGUGUGUGUGUGUAAGUCACACAGUCAAUUAUGUUACCUGUGUGAUUUGAAAGUAAGUAAUUGUAACUGCCAUUGUCAACAGUUUAUUGUAUGAUUUGUAUAUUUAAUCUAUUUUAUGUACUAAGCAUUACAUUUUAUAUACAUAUAUAUAUAUAUAUAUAUAUAAAUACACUGAGAGUGUGUGUACAUAAUUGAAUACACUUGACUUGUAGUUCUCUAGCUGUGUAACAUACUGUGUGUCUGCGACUGUGUGUUGAUCUCAACUCUGACCUCCUUUAUAAGUAGGUUACAGACAAUGGACUUUCAUGUUUUUUUUUUAGUCUUACCUCACAAUGACUACUUAAGGUUUGGUUCUUGCUCUAGGCUUGACUGCAUCAUAACCUCACCAUGUAGUUGUUUGUCAUUAUCAUUGUGUCUGAAGUAACAAAUAGUUGGCCACCUUCAGUAAAACCAUGCCUGAGCAUGAGCUAAGGUCUUAAUGCUGUUGCAGUUUUCUCUUCACCAAGCUGGUGCAGUACACUUUGGGAGGAGCAGCUCUUCAGUUUCUUACAGAAUGUAGCAUUGCUUGCUGCAAGCUGCUUAAUGACCACCAGCACCUGAUUCUUCUCCAGAAUUGAAUAUCCUGCAGGGCUUUAUCAAGUUUAUACCCAGGACAGUCAAUUGAAUCCUGCAGGGCUUUAUCAAGUUUAUCAGGACAGUCAAAGUUGAAAUAGAAUUCACAGUUUUCUUGCUCUUAGAUUAGUAGCCAGCCAAAGCUGUUUUGUAUUUAGGUACCAGUUAUCACCUUUGCUCAUGUUCUCCCGUCACUGAUAGCAGUUCCGCUGGAACUAUGUAUUUUUGUUUAGGUAUUAAAGCAGUCACCAGAGUGAGCGAAUACACUAGACUCUUAGUUGUAGAAGGUGAUUACAGUUUGAUUACUUUUAUGGAAAGGGGGGGGGGGAGAGAGAAGAAUCAAUUUUGUAUGCUAUGAGUUUGUAUUUUUUGAGAAUUUGUAUUUUUAGAAAGAUGACAAUUGUUAAAACAUAAAUCUUAGCUCAGUUACUUUGAAGCUGGAGCACAGGAUAGAAAUCAAUGAAUUAUAAGUCCCAAGAUUUGUUACCAAUCUGCUAAGUAGAACUGUUCUAGUCAACAAAUCAAUACUUUUGUUAUCCCAUCAAUAUUACCAGAACAGAAAAAUGAAAUGGGAAAAGCUCUUACUCUAGGCUCAGUUCUAACUGUGGAUGUACCUUGACAUUGACCAUGUAGCUACUAAUGAUUGGGUUAAUCUGAAGACUUCCAUCUUUCUGUUGUUGUUCUGUAUUUUAAAAGACUUUGUGUUGUGUUGGUUUAAAAACAGUCUGAUUGUCUCAACUAUUAAUGUAAGUUCUACAAAUAAUGAAUCAGUUCAUCCACUAGACUCAUUUUUUUUAGGUAGUUGUCAGUUUUCUAUUUUUAAAAACAGUAAAGUAUACCUUUCAAACCUUGUGAUCUGUAGAGCAGAUGAUGUUAAGGUCAUCUGUUUCUAUGCCCAAUGGUUAACGAGGGUGUUAUGACCAGCACAGCGAUCAACCACUUUACUUUCCCCAACUAAUGUCUGCUUAUCUUUAGAGCUGGGUGAACUCAAUGGCGCAUUUAAAAUCCCAUUCUUCUCAGAGAUUCAAAGUCUGGACCCCCUCAGAUCAGAAGCCAAGCGCUUUACCACUCUGCCACCAUGUCCUUAUAUAAAAGUAUAUCCAUAAUAUUUGUUUCUUUUUUACAAAAACAUUUGUUCCAAUAUAUCAUGUUAUUUGAACUACAGAGAUCUUAUCAAGCAUAAUGUUAGGGCCUACAAAUAGUUUGUUUGAAAUCAAGUAGAGAUAGAAUGAUAAUGAACUCAUGGCUGGACACUUAACACUUUGGCCUAGCUUUUAACAAGGCUAUGUAUGCAGUUGGUCAGAGAACCAAUCAGAGUGUAAUAUACUGGCUUUUUGUUAACUGAGAUCAACUGUUCUGACAUAAUAUCACAGAGCAAAUGUAUUUCACUAACAUUGUUUUCCACUGAUAGCUUGCUAGAUUUCUAGACAUAGUGCAAUUCAUCCCACCAAUCUUUUCUGGACAAACUUUGGUUCCACAUUCAUCAAUAAGUGCAUAGACAUCAGUUCAAUUUUUUUUUUGGUUCAGAUGUUUUCAUGUAGUCUAGAAUUCCUUGUUUGUCUUAACUAGCAUGUAUGACUUGAAGACAUGAUCACAUGACUAGUAGUAAAUGAAAAGUUUGUCUGUAGUCCUACCUACUAUAGUAGUUGGUUGAUACUGGCUGAGCUGAGGAUUAAUGUGUGGUAGAUGUGUUUCUCUCAGUUUGUCUGUGAGUUGAUGUUUUCUAGUCUGAAUGGUGCACACAUUGUAUAAUGGUGUCCCUUGAUGACAGUGUUAGUAUUUGUUAAAGGAAGAUGUUGACCCUGGGUGUUAGAGGGUAUUUGUUGAAGAGAAAUGUUCCCCUUAAUAUCAGUGUUAGAGAGUAUUUGUUGAAGAGAAAUGUUCCCCUUAAUAUCAGUGUUAGAGAGUAUUUGUUAAAGGAAGAUGCUGCCCCUGUUCCCUUUUAAGUAAUGAAACCUAAUUGUUUUUUCUUCUCCACCCAGUCAGGUCUGCCUCUAGUUCAUCUCAAGUGGAUAAAAAAAACUUGGUUCAUUGUUAAUAAAGAAAUCAAUUUGUGUCUAAUUGUGUGUGAUGUGGUGAGACUGAGUCACUCCUUGAGCCUUUAUUUAUAUAAGAUAGCCUCCAUGUAUUGAUACUGAGACUCCUAUUCUUUUUGUGUACACAGGAUUAUGUACAAACUGUUGACUUUAUUUGUUGAGAUAAUGUUGUGGGGAGAUUGAUGUCAGAAUGUGCUGGUUCAUUUGAUUGUAAUGUUUUAGUCUGAUCCAAACCUCAGACAAGAAUUGAAUUAUUAAAAGUACCGGUAUGAA